AAGGGCUUUUUAGAGGUAUAACCUGUUUACCUUGAUGUGUUUUCACAAACACAAAAUAUACCACCCAAACUCAAGUUGACGAGGUAAUAUAGAAGUUAUAUAGAGAAUCAGUUGGAGUGCUUGACGGAUUUCUUUUGAAGGAUUGAACCACUACAAGAUGUUGACAGAAUAUUUUCAAAGCUUUUGGUACAAGAAAAUAAUUACACAAACAUUGCAUUGAUAGAGGCCAAAAUGAAUAAACUUUGUCAUUUGUUGAGCUGAACAAUUGAAGAAACAAAGCAAAAUCUGGUGAAAAAGCAAGCAUUGAUAUACGAGCAAAUGGAACAGGACAGAAUGGAGGAAGAAGAAGAAGAAGAGACCACACAAUUUGGCACUGAGAGUGAUGGCGAAGCGUAACUAGUUGUCUGUAAUCCUUGCAAAUUGCCAAUGGGUUGGGAUGGGAAACCAAUACCUUUUUGGCUUUAUAAGCUUCAUGGUCUUGGUGAAGAAUUCAAGUGCGAGAUUUGUGGGGACUACAGCUAUUGGGGGCAUAGGGCUUUUGAAAGGCAUUUUCAGGAAUCAUGCCAUCAAUGCGGAAUGCAUCAACCUGGUAUUCCUUAUACUAAGAACUUCAGUGAAAUCAGGUCAAUUAAGGAAGCGCUAGCAUUGUGGAACAUAUUACAACAACGGAUAGCUCAGAAUAGCUGGUGUAAAGAUUUCGAAGAGUUUGAAGACAGAUGGUAAUAUCUAUAGCAAAAGACAUAUGUUGAUCUCCAGUGCCAGGGGUUGGUGUGGGCAACUUAAAUUGAUCACUUUAAAAUUAAAGUCCCUUUUAAAUUCUGAUAAACUUUUAGAAUCAUU